UUUUCUAUUUUACAUUACGCUUUUGACGUAUAAAAGUAAAUUUAAAUGCGAAAAGACUACAGUUUCGUUAUAAUUUAUUGUAUCAAAUCGAUUUUUAUGUAAAAUGUUCCUCGUUUUAAUAGUUACUGAUAGUGUAUUUUCUCCAGGAAGUGAUGUAUGCUUAAAAUUUAAGUAAUACAAAAUGAGUUGGUUCGAUACGUCUAGUCUGGCAAAUAUUGCUAAAACGGCCCUAAAAGAAGCUCAACGUACUAUAGAUAAGGCUCUUGAUAUUCAAGAAGACGCAGGUAGUGCACCCUCAAAUCUACCGUUGGAUACAAACUCCGAAGACUUCUUUGAUUCGUGGGGCGUUAAAAAUAAUGUACCUCCCAAAGAAAUAAAGAGUAAUAGUCUGGAUGAAGUGGUUACCAAGAGCCCUUCAAAGUCAAAGUUAUCAUCUAGCAUAUGGGGCUCAUUUUCAGGAUCAUUUUUUGACUAUCCCAAAGAAACAACAGCAGCAGCAAAUGAAAAUAAGAAUUUGAUAGAAUGUUUAGAUGAUUCAAAUGAUAUUGGAGAGGAACACUUUAAGAAAAGUAAAUUGGUUGUUCAGCAAAGUGAUGAUGACUUUUUUCAGACGAUAUCAUCAAGUAGUAAAAGUACUGAGCCCACUGAUGGAGAACCAGAGAAAGAUAAGAGUCAAACUUCAAGUAUUCAAGUAAUUGAAGAAAAAGGCAGUAAUUAUGACAGCAGUAAGGAUACUUCAGAGAAUGUUGAAAAUAUAAGUGGAGAUACUGAUUAUAUGAAGACACCAGAUUCAGAACUUGUUUCACCAGGUUUCACAUUGUCUGCUUCUAGUUCAGAAUUCAAAGAUAAAUCACAAUCUGUAGAAGUUUUAACAGAUAGUUUAGCAAGCCCUAGUUCAGUAGAGGUGCUUACCACAGACCCCACAAAUAGCAGACAAGAUCCUAAUGAUUCAAAUGAUAACGAAUCACCAUCUUUAAUUUUAGAUAUUGAGGAACAAUUUCAAACAAAGUCCGACCAUUCAUCCCCAGAUAGUGUAGAGGUAAUCCCAGAAAAUGCAGACGAAUGCAGUAUUGUGGAAGACACCGUAUCAUUUGCGUCCGCUUCAGAAAGAACUGUUCUUGAAUCAGACCUUUAUUCUAAUCAAUACUUACCUUGUAACAACCAGGAAAAGUUUUCGCCUAUAUCAGAAGGUACUUCUGAUAUUUUAUCUAAGCCAGUUGAGACCCAACCACACCACAGCACAAAAGAUGUCUUCCCACCUCCCGUGUUAAUGAAAAAUUCCAACGUCAUUGACAUUCCAUUGGAUGGCGAGAAUUUACAAGAGAAUCACUUUGACGAUGACGGUUCACAAUCUGAUAGGACAAUCAUUGCAUCAACUGAAAACAUUAUGGAAAGCAGUAGCGAUACUGCAAGCACCAGUACCGAACAAAAUGCGAAUUCUUCCUACUUUAAAACUAUGAUUGCUGAUGCUAUGACCGAAAAGGAUCAAACAAAAGAAGACAGUAAAGAUGUGAAAGAAAGUGUUAUUGAUAUGUCAAUUUCUCAACUAGAAUUAAGAGAAGUUUCAUCUGUUAGUUCAGAAAGUAGAUCUGAUCUAGUUAAAAUUGAGUCUGACCAAGCCUCAGGACAUACUUCAGGAGAUGAAAUAGAAACAACGACAUCUUCGGACAUAGAAAUUAUUUCAAGUCCCAACGGUGACUCCAGCAGCAACCACAGUAGACACAGUCCAGCUAAAAUAUCCUGUAUAAAGCAAAAAUGCAGCGAAGCGAACGUGGAUGCUCUCCUAGGAAAAAUGACUUUUAAAAAAAUUAAAGGCCAUAACAGAGAACUGUCAGAAGCAUCCAGUGUAAGUGAUGAUUCUUCAGAAAUCGAUAGACUCGUGAAAAGGAUAAACGAAAUGACUGAAAUCCUGGAAUAUCGUGAAACAAAACUUGUUGAGAUCAACAGGAACUAUUUGGAACUGCAGGAAAUCAACGCUAACCUCCAGAAGCAGCUAGAUACUAUGAUGAUGAAACAAAUGGAAUCUGCAGACUUGUCACAGGUCACUGAAGAGUACACAAGAAGGAUGUCCGUCCUGGAGAAGAAGUUUCAACAGGCAAUUCGAGAAAAAGACCAUUUGAAUAAACAGGUCGAGCAUUUCAAGCAAGAGGCUGCCAGCAGAGUCAGUAAAGGCGAACUAGACGGCCUCAUCAACGAAAAAGACGAAAUCAUAAAAGAGUUAAGAGAAGAAGGUGAAAAACUAUCCAAACAACAACUGCAACAUUCCAAUAUUAUUAAAAAGUUGAGAGUCAAAGAAAAAGAACACGAAGGUACAAUAAAGAAGUUGAGGGAUAAUAUAGAAGAUCUUAGUUCGGAAAAUGACCGACUUAAGAGAUCUUUAGCUGCUAAGGACGAAGUGGAACACUCGCAGAUAGAAGCGGUUCAUCAGCUUACAGCCAGGAAUAAAAAGUUGGAAUACGAUGUGACUCAGCUGCAGAGUCAAAUCGAAGACGUCACCCAAAAGUACGAAACGGUGAAGAAAUCGCUGGAUGCAGCGAAAAAGGAGCUGACUGAUAAAACGAGAACUUAUUCUGAGUUACAACACAAACAACAAAUGCUUAAGAGUUUGGAGAACGAAAAGAGGAUGACAGAAUCACAAAACGAAGAGAUUUUAGCCCAAAUCGAAGAUUUACGCACUAAAUUGCAAGAAGCAGAACAGGAAAUGUUAAAACGUGAACAACAAUUAAAAAAUGAGAAUAAUGAACUCUUACGGCGCUUGGAGGCGGCAGAGGCGAGAAACGAAGAAUUGGCACAGUCUGUUGUCGAAGCCACUAAACCAUUGGUGAGACAACUCGAAGUUCUUCAGGCUACACAUAGUAUGAAAAUUGCAAAUUAUGAAAAAAUUGAACAAGAACUAACAUCUACAAUACAAGAACUACAAAGUAAAAUUCAAACUACAUUGGCUGCAGAAAAGGCACAAAGAGAAGAAUGCCACAAACAUAGCUUAAGACUUUCCUUGUUAGAGUCUCAACUGGCUACAGCUGAACACCAAGUUUCAAUGCUCAGUGUUGACAUAGAACAGGUCAAAACUGAAAAGAUAAUGCUUGAACAGGAAUACAAGAGGGAAAUUGAAAUCAACAAGACGAAACUGGAAGAAGCGCUAGAAACAAUUAACACAUUGAAGAAAGAGAAACAGCAAUUAGAACAGCAAUUGUCUGCUGAGAGGGCUGCUAUUGAAUUAAACAAAAGGAAAUGUUCUCUUCAGGAGAGUUUACAAGGCAAAGGAGAUUCCUUUGGCAAUGUGGGAAAAGUUUCUCCUGCAGGAACAAGAAACACCUCCCCAACUAUAAGCGUAGGGCGGGCUUCUCUUUCAGAAUCGUUAGGGAGUUCCGUAUUUUUGCAGGAAGAUCAGUUGGAGAUGUCCAUGCCUUCUCGUUUUAACAACAUGUUAGAGCUGCAAAUGCUGCAAACGAGUCUCAAACAGAAAGAGGGCGAAGCACAACAGCUGCAGUGGGAGCUAAAUCGAAGAGAACAUGAAAGAACUUUGCUUAAUAAGCAAAUAUCGACCCUGUUAAGUAGAGUGGAGGCUCUAGAGAUGAACCUUGCUGAACACGAAAGCCUUAAGAACCAAUUCAAUGAUUUACAACGACAGUAUGAUACAUUGUGUCAGCUGUAUGGUGAAAAAGUUGAGGAAGCUGAAGAGCUCAAACUGGAUCUACAGGACGUGAAGGAAUUGUACAAGGCCCAGCUGGAUGAUUUAUUAAAGCAAAAGCAGGGCAAUUAAAAGCCCACUAUGUUAAGUUAUCACUGUGAUUUCACAUUGGAAAAGGUAUUUCAUCAGUAUCUUUUAGUUUUUCAUUGCAAAAGCUUUUAAAUCUUUAAGUUUUGUUGUUAUUAUUAACAUGAAAGCCUUUUUUGGGCAUUUUAGUUGAACAGUUGCAUUAAUAACUGCAAUUUUGUUGCCAUUAAGUGUUGAUUUAAUAAAUGCUGUGAUAAUUGGAAUAUACUUUAUAAAUGGUGUAUGAUUAAGUAUAUUAUAAGUAAAGGCUUAUUGUUGUUAUUGUUUAAUUAGAAAUUGUGGAACACGGAACGGAAUUUUUAUGAAUUAACAGCACUUUAACUAUUCAUAAGGUGUUGUUAGUAAAUAUGUAAACGCAGAUUACUUAUACUUUUUAAAUAUGAAAUAAAUACAAUACUGUUUU